AGUUUACCUUGGUUAUUGAGACGCUCGUCAAACAGGAUAGUUGUGAGUAUUGGUGUAGUGGUAGUGUAAACAGUGUGUUCAGUAUAAUAUUCCGAUUCUUUGAAAAGAUUUAUCAGUUUUGUGAAAUAUCUUAUCUAAUUAGUGAACUAAUGUCUUUGGUAAAUGUUCAAUGGUGAAUAUGUGAGAAACUAGUGACCUAUAAAACUCCGGAUUUCAGUUGAAGAGUUUCUCUUCAUUUGACUUGGAAUAAUUGAUAUUAAAACAAAAGAUUUGGAUAUUUGCAAUAUGUGAAAACAUACAAUACAUUCUACUUAAGAAUCAGUAUAUAGCUUUGAAUAUCUUUCUCAUGGUGCAUAAUUAAGCCCAUCUCUAUUUUGAUCACAGAAUGAGUUGUCCACAGUGAAGUGAUAUUUAUUCACUGUUGCCAAUAGCUGAAAAGUUCACGAUAGAGGUGCACCAACCAACAAACAUUAUGGUUAUCCACGUAAUGAUUUCAACCAAUAGAAAUAGGCCACACACAAUCAGUCGAUGACAAUCAUUGUAUAACGUCACAACAACAAAUUUUUCUUUUGACAGCUGUUUUCAGUGAUAAAAUUUUUAGAAGGAUUAUACUGCACAUGGGUAUAUAUGACGUGGAUUUUGCAUAUUAUUUGUAGGAUAAAAUAACUCGUUUCAGAUAAAUCAACUAAGCUAAAAUUACCGAAGACUAAAUCUUGGUGAGCAAGUAUGAAGUUACCUUUUACAGUACUAUCUCUGUUAAUAUGUUACAUUGGGGUAUCAUAUGUGAACAGUUUAGCUGUUAUGUCAGUAGAUUUAGGAUCAGAAUGGAUGAAAGUAGGAAUUGUUUCUCCAGGAGUUCCAAUGGAAAUAGCUUUAAAUAAGGAAUCUAAGAGAAAAACACCGGCUGUUAUCAGUUUCAGAGAUAAUACAAGACUUUUUGGUGAAGAUGCUCAAAGUAUAGGAGUACGAUUUCCAAAAUUAGCAUUCAGUUAUCUACUAGACCUUCUAGGAAAAAGUAUUGACCAUCCCAUAGUGCAGUUAUAUAAACAACGCUUCCCUUAUUAUGAUAUUAUAGAAGAUGCAGAGAGGAAAACUAUAUCAUUUAAAAUAGAUGAAGAAACUACUUUCAGCGUUGAAGAGUUAGUAGCUCAGUUGUUAGGAAAAGCUAGAGAAUUUGCAGAAACUGGCGCUCAGCAACCUAUUAAGGAAUGUGUAUUAACUGUACCAGGUUUUUUCAACCAAGUAGAAAGAAAAGCUCUUUUGCAAGCAGCAGAACUCGCAGGACUUAAAGUUUUACAGUUGAUCAAUGAUUAUACAGCAGUUGCACUAAAUUUUGGGAUAUUCAGAUCAAAAACAUAUAAUGAAACUGCUCAGUAUGUCAUCUUUUAUGAUAUGGGUGCUUCUUCCACAACUGCUACUCUUGUUAGUUAUCAAACUGUUAAAGCAAAAGAUAAACCAUAUGUAGAAAUAAAUCCACAAGCUUCAAUUUUGGGAGUCGGUUUUGAUAGGACGCUUGGAGGUCUUGAAAUGCAGAUCAGAUUGAGAAAUUAUUUAGCCACAAAGUUUAACAACAUGAAAAAAACCCAAAAUGAUGUUUUUAAGAAUGAUAGAGCCAUGGCAAAAUUGUUCAAAGAAGCUGGUAGAUUGAAAAAUGUUUUAUCUGCGAAUGCUGAGCAUAUUGCACAAAUUGAAAAUUUAUUAGAUGAGCAAGAUUUCAAAUUGAAAAUUACAAGGGAAGAAAUGGAAGAACUUUUCACGGAUCUCUUCGAAAGAGUGGGUAAACCAGUGGAACAAGCCUUAAAAGCUGCCCAUCUAACCAUAGAUGUUGUUAGUCAAGUUGUCUUGGUAGGUGCAGGAACAAGAGUGCCAAAAAUUCAAGAAUACAUAAAAAAAGCUGUUGGACAGGAAUUGUCGAAAAACUUGAAUACAGAUGAGGCUGCUGCUAUGGGAGCAGUUUACAAAGCAGCUGACCUUAGUACCGGUUUCAAAGUUGCCAAAUUUAUCACCAAAGAUGCAGUUUUGUAUCCAAUUCAGGUGACUUUUGAAAGAAACGCCGAAGAUGGCGUUAAGCAAGUAAAACGUACCCUCUUUGGCUUAAUGAACCCCUAUCCUCAGAAAAAAAUAAUUACAUUCAACAAGCACACUACAGAUUUCAGUUUCAACGUUAACUAUGCUGAUCUCGAUCAUUUAACUGAAGAAGAAUUGAAAAAUUUGGGCAACACUCAAAUUUCUAAAUACGAUUUGAAAGGAGUUGCUGAAGUUUUGAAUAAAAAUGUUGGCGACAACGUAGAAACCAAGGGAAUAAAAGCACAUUUUGCAAUGGACGAUUCUGGUGUAUUAAAUUUCGUGAAUGCUGAGCUAGUAGUGGAAAAAACUGUGUUACCCUCCGAUGAAGAAGAGGGUACUUUGUCCAAAUUAGGGAGCACAUUUAGCAAAUUGUUUGGAGGAGAAGAAAAAUCUGCAGAAGAAAAACCAACAGAACCCCCAUCAGAAGAAAAACGCACCGAAGAAACCUCCGGGGAAAAAUUAGUUGAAGAUAAAGAGGAGCCUAAAGAAAAAGCAGCCCCAAAUGCAACGUCUAAUGAAACGUCUAAACAAUCUACAGAAAAAAUCAAAGAAGCCAAACCAAAAAUAGUUACCCUCAAAGAACCAAUUUUAUCAGCUGAACUGCAAUUAGGAAUUCCGAUUUUAAAUAAAAAACAACUGGAAAAAUCUGUAGAAAAAAUUAAUGCAUUAGACGCAAUCGAUAGAGAAAUAAAUAGAAGGUCUACAGCAUUGAACAAUUUAGAAAGUUUCGUUAUUGACAUGCAGAACAAACUAGAAGAAGAGGAAUACAAAGAAGCCAUAACUGCAGAAGAAAGAGAAAAAAUCAGUAUGGCUUGUAGCCGAACGUCCGAUUGGAUAUAUGAUGAAGGAUCUAAUGCUAAUGCAGAAACAUACGAAAAGAAGAUUGAAGAAUUGAUGGAAUUAACAAAAGAUGUGUUGGCGAGAGUUUUUGAACAUAAAGAACGACCAGAAGCUCUCAAUGCUCUAAACAGUCUUUUAAAUCACUCCUCCAACUUUUUAUUAAGUGCUAAAAAUGCCACUAAAGAUAAUCCUGAUAGAGACAUAUUUACUGAUGUAGAAGUAGAAACUUUAGAGAAAAUUAUUAAAGAAACUGAAGAAUGGAAAGAUAAAAUGGUUAAAGAACAAGAAGCGACACCGAAAAAUGAACCAGUUAAAUUGAGUAUCAAAUCCAUGAUGGAUAAAAUGGGUGCAUUGGACAGAGAAGUGAAAUAUCUUCUGAAUAAAGCAAAACUUUGGAAACCUAAAAAGGUGGAAAAGCCAGUUAAAGAAGAAGAAAUACCAGUCGCAGAAGAACAACAGCGGGUUAAAGAAGAAAAGAACACUACUGAAAAUAUUGAAAUCGAUACAAACGAGGAAAAUGAUGAAGUUCAAUCGUCGAAAUCAGAAGACAGUGAUACAGACAGUCAUUCAGAGCUAUAGUUAGCAAAUUUUUUAGGAUAUGAACAAUUUGUGUGGGAAAAGAUAAUUUAAAGGAUUUCGUUAGAAUCCGUUAAUCAAUUGUGGUAAACACGAGUAUGCUCGCCAAAGUUACAUUGUUUCUUAGACAAAUUCUCUCUUGUUUUUUUUUCUAAAAAGUUGGGUCAAUUCAAUACGUGCACUCUCCAUUAUUUAUUAAAGUAUUAUUUAAACUAUAUUUUUUUUCAAUAAAUAUGUUGUACAUACAGUU